GCCGGGUGGCCAUGUUGCAGUGCUAGCAGGCGGCGCAGAGCGGCGGGCCGGCAGCGCAGGGCGCAGCGCUCAGCACCGCACCGCGAUGGCCGUGGCCGUGGGCAGACCGGCGAACGAUGACCUCAGGAACCUCUCCCUGUCUGGCCACGUGGGCUUCGACAGCCUCCCUGAUCAGCUGGUCAACAAGUCAACGUCCCAGGGCUUCUGCUUCAACAUCCUCUGCGUGGGUGAAACUGGCAUCGGCAAGUCCACGUUGAUGGACACUCUGUUCAACACCAAGUUUGAGAGCGAACCAGCGACACACAACGAGCCCGGCGUGAGGUUGAAAGCCAGGAGUUACGAGCUGCAGGAGAGCAACGUGCGCCUGAAGCUGACCAUUGUGGACACCGUGGGCUUUGGAGAUCAGAUUAACAAGGACGACAGCUACAAGCCCAUAGUAGAAUACAUUGAUGCACAGUUUGAAGCCUACUUGCAAGAGGAGCUGAAGAUCAAACGGUCCCUGUUCAACUACCACGACACCCGGAUCCACGCCUGCCUCUACUUCAUUGCGCCCACCGGCCACUCGCUCAAGUCCCUGGACCUGGUCACCAUGAAGAAGCUCGACAGUAAGGUGAACAUCAUCCCCAUCAUUGCCAAGGCUGACACCAUUGCAAAAAACGAGCUGCACAAGUUCAAGAGUAAAAUCAUGAGCGAGCUGGUCAGCAACGGAGUCCAGAUCUACCAGUUCCCGACGGACGAGGAGACGGUGGCCGAGAUCAACGCCACCAUGAGUGUCCACCUUCCUUUUGCUGUUGUUGGCAGCACUGAAGAAGUGAAGAUUGGCAACAAGAUGGCGAAAGCCAGGCAGUACCCCUGGGGUGUCGUGCAAGUUGAAAAUGAAAACCACUGUGACUUUGUGAAGCUGCGGGAGAUGCUGAUCCGAGUGAACAUGGAGGACCUGAGAGAGCAGACGCACACCCGGCACUACGAGCUGUACCGGCGCUGCAAGCUGGAGGAGAUGGGAUUCAAGGACACAGAUCCGGACAGCAAGCCUUUCAGUCUCCAAGAGACUUAUGAAGCAAAGAGGAAUGAAUUCCUGGGUGAACUCCAGAAGAAGGAGGAUGAAAUGAGGCAGAUGUUUGUCAUGCGAGUGAAGGAGAAAGAAGCGGAGCUGAAGGAAGCGGAGAAAGAUCUCCACGAAAAGUUUGACCAUCUAAAGAGGACUCACCAAGAAGAGAAGAAAAAAGUGGAGGACAAAAAGAAGGAACUUGAGGAAGAGCUGAACAACUUCCAGAAGAAGAAGGCAGCAGCUCAGCUAUUACAGUCACAGGCUCAGCAGGCAGGUUCUCAACAAACCAAGAAAGACAAGGACAAGAAAAAAAACCCAGCCAUGAGGAACAUACCCGUGUUUUAGUGUGUCCUUUGUGCUCCACACCAGUGCAAGCUUCACAUAAAGCCUGUCGAGCCAAGGAUGUUCCUGCAUUCACCUGCUUUUGCAGUAAUGUGUCUCUGCCAUCUGUUUUCUUUUUCUUUUUUUUUUCUUUUUUUUUUUUUUUCAUUUUUUAACAUGAAUAACUAUUAACUCAUCUAAUAACAUAGGGGGAACAAGAAGGAAGAGGGAUUGGGUACAGGACUGUAUGCAACUGGGAGUUCAGGGGCGGGUGGAGGGACAAGGUAAUGAUACUGUGUGUUUUUGUCACCAAAAGCAUCAGCUGUAAAUCAGUUUUGGCCCCCAGUUUAACCAAGAGUCAGGGCUGGGUGUGAGCAGCAUGUACUGGCUCAGGUGUCCUCAGCGCUGCAGUAACCUGUGCUGAAGGGAGCUCCUGGACUCCAGCCCCAGGGAAUCGCUGCUGGAGGAAUGGCACAGCCAGUCGGGGGCGUGGCUAACCCUGGAGUUCAGCCUGGCCCAUAUUCCUGGAGGAGCUGAUGCGUUCCAGCAGGAGCUGCUGGGGAGAGGGAGGGGGGUGUGUGUAGAUAACCAAGUUAACUGACCUUGCAUGCCGUGACAUUUGCAUGAUAACGUGUAUUAGUUGCUGUUUUUGUUGUCUGGCCUGACCGUGGCUGGGUUUGUUGUCCUGUGCUGGCCUGUUUGCACAGCCACCCUUCCAGUUCAGCACAGCAGCUGUGGGUGCCUGGGGGCAGGAGCAUUCCCAGCACUGCUGUCCCUGCAGUACUUGCCCAAAACCUUUGGAACCUCCCUUAAAGUCCUGCCUGCUUUCCAAAGGCUGGGCAGCCCCUGUGGAAUCAAAUGCCUGGGCAGGGGGGACGCAGAGCCUUCAGCAUCCUCUUAGAGCCUCCAGGAGCAUUCCUGCACACAGUUAAAUACAGACCUGCACAGCUGUGGGAUCCACAAUUCCAGGUCAAGUAGAGAAGGCACCCUGACUCACUGUGUGCUCCCCAGCAGCCCUCCUGCACCAGGGACAAUGUCCCAUUCAGGUGUCCCCUGAACGUGCCAAGGACAUGCAGGAUAAACCAGGCCUCGCUCUGGGCCAGUGCAGGGAGGAAAGGGGUCUGUUUAAUGUGUGUUUUCUAUGCCACUGCUUUUGGGCUGAGUCUUUCCCUUCCUUCCCAGGAAGUGGCGAGCCAGGCUUAUCCUGUGACUCCUGGGUUCCUUUCUCUGCUGCUGAUGCACAGCCAGCACUUGCUCUGCUCCUGCCUGGGGAGUCUCGUUUCCUUUCUUUAAAGCACUCCUGCACAAAACUCCUCCCACCUGAGUCUCACACACUGCACCUCUUUGCUUGUUUCUGGAUGGAAUUUCUCCAGGGGAAAAAAAAGGCAGAAUUAUCACUUUUUUUAUUAUUUCUUCCUCAAGUGUGCUGGGGGGAUUAGCUUAUGGAUUGUCUUGCUUUUAACCCUCACUGCUUAAACAUGGCUUUGGGAAGAGGAUAUCUAAAUGCCGUGUCUUGGACAGAACAGAAAAGCAGAUAAAUAAGCUAGAAAUAAAAUAGUUGAGCCUUUAAUCCUUUCCUUUUUUUUUUUUUUUUUUUUUUGACCUCCUGGUCUUGCCAACAAUGCACUUUUUGCCAAGUUAAGUAGGUUUGCUGCAGGGUUGUUUGGAAAAAUGAAAUUCUGGUUCUUGUGGCUUCUGGCAAACCCAGCUUUAAAAUCUUGAGUUAUGAAGGAAGAAGUUUGGGUUGUUUGCAUGAGUUUUUUACAGUCACAUCACAUGCCCAUCACCAAGUGCUCGUGGCAAUAUGCUUCGCUUCAGCUGUCUCUGUGCAUGUCCUCUUUUUAAUUACCAGUGUUUUGUGCCAAGUUGAAAACUUAAUUUUAACAUUUAUUUGUACUGCUUCGUUUAACAGCCCUUCAAGGGAUGUUUAGCAGGGGAAAUCAGCUGAGUUGAGCUUUUGCUUUUUGACAGAAAGCAGUGGCCAAGUGCAUUAAUGACUUUUUGGUUGAGUUUCUUUCUCCAGCAAAAAGCAAGCUGUGUUGGAGAAACUGGGAAUAAACUACAGGCUUGCAGAUGUCCAAGGUAUUGUUUUGGUUUUCACCACAGGAGAUAAUAAUGACUUUUUUUUUCACCUUAAACCCCUGGGCCAUGUUUAGCUUGUCACUGCUGCACUUCUUGCUUUUCUCUCUAAUGCCUUUUUUCACAGUAACCCCUGGUGUGCAUGGAGUGAGUGAUACACUCAGGGCUGGCUGGAUGUGCUUUCACCUUUGCAUGUAAGUACAGCAGCAAGAGACUCACCUUCCUGCCUCGCUCCUGACAGGAAACCGGUCGUGCUUUUCUGGGAGAUUAAGUCCAUUUCCUUACAAGUGGCUUAGCUAAAACCCCUUAAAACUGUCUGCAGCCUGCUUUUGCUAUUGUAGAGAAGCUGCAGGGAACACAACAUCCAGCUCCUGUUGGAUGCUUAGAGCAACCCUGGGCAGCUUCCCUGCAUGCCAGAAGCUGGACACAUGGUUGGGCAAGGCCUUGCUUGGGAGGCCCUGCGGCACUGAACGUGAUUAGACAGCCGUGGUAACGAGCUGAUGAUGCUGUGUGCUCCUGACGGCAUUUCAAACCUCAGUGCCGUGUAAAGGAGCAGGAAAGCACACUGAAACACGCCUUUGCUGGGAUGGUGGUGUUCCCAGGCCAUGAAACAAAUCCCCAGGAUGGAAAAACACAGUCAGGUCGCUGAGGGGGGCUGUGAGUGCUCUGUACAGGUUGGGCACCCGUAGGUCUGGCAGGCAGAUGAAGCGGAGGAGACGGAUGAGGAUUCGCUCCCCCAGAACCAUCUGGGGCUUGCACAGUUCCUUUCUGGGAGGGCAGUUCAGUGGGAAGGAUCCCUUUGAGCUCGUGGUCAUUGAAUGCAUUGUCUUGCAUCUCCUGUGGCACGUGGCUCUCUGGGAGCAGGGAAGGUAGUGCCUGGCACCCACCCCGGGCUCCUCCUUGUCAUGGCCAGCCUGAAAUCCCAGCAGGGAGAUGGGUGUCUCUCUGGAAACAUGUCUGUGUUUAACACGAGUGGUGUUUCCCCAGGCAGCUCUUGUUCUGCUUCUCCUAAACCGUCCAAGUGCGGAUGGAAGUGUCUUUUUGUGUGUGAUCACAGAUUUGUCCAUUUGGCUCUGGUUCCUUUUGCCCUUCGGAGGUGUGGAAGGGGAGGUGGAAGGGGAGGUGGAUGUGUCCCUUCUCUGAGGGCCCAGGUUGCAUUUGCAGUGUGUGAUAUCCAGCAAGGAGCUGUACAAACAUGAAGGGGUUUUUUUAAUUCACGGAAAAUAAAGCUGUGAACAGCGGUAGAAAUCUUGUAUUUGUAUACAUUUUUAAUAUCCUGAUUGCCUUAAACCAUAGAUGUAGGACUUUAUUACCUUGCUAUUGGAAAAUAACCCGUGUUUGUAACUAAAUAAUUGUGUAACCGACAUACAGUGUUAAUGCGAGUGAUAUGUAUGCAUCUGUUAGAUAUUGUCACUUUAUUUGAUGUGAAAGUAUUUCAGUUUUGGAAUUACAGAUGGAAUAAUAACCCUAGAGCAUAAGCUCAAGUUAUUUCUUGUAUAUGCUUUAGGUUACAGAUCCAAAUAGUGCCAACACUUGAAGUGGGGAGAGGAAAUAUAUUUUUACCCAAA